AUGGGCUUUCACGAAGCGGACGGCAGCUUUUUGCCCCCGGAGGAGCUUGUGCCGGUUUACCACGGCGGCCCGCUAUGGCCGGAGCUUACGGGCGACAUGCUGCCUUUGGACCGGUUCGAGAAGCGGAUCGCCACAGCGGAAGCUGUCAGGAGGAGCCCCUCAGAGCUCCGCUUUGACGAUUUGAUCGGCAAAAAUCGCCCCCACGUGUGGGAGGAGGCGGGGAGAGCCUUCAGCGCCGCCAAAGCGUGCGGCGCCAAAGCGUGCGGCGCCUACGCCCACUGCGCCCACCGAGCGGGCAACGAAGCAGCGUGUGGCACCGCCUGCAACAAGUGCUGUGCCCGUCGCACCUUCGCCACCCAAGCGGAUGCUCUGACACCGGAGCCGGUCUGCCACACCCCCGUGCUGGGGCUGUUGGGAAGCCAGUCUCUCCUGAAGCGGCGCCGGGUGCAGUUCGCCGCCGGCGCGGCGUCUUCGCACGAAGACCGGCGAGCUGGACGGUUUGGCGCAUACAUCGGGUGGCGCAAGAGCUGGGUGCAGGUGGCGGCCAACAUGAGCGCCGCACAGGAGCGCCGUGGGUAUGGCCGCAUGCUGUUCCGGGCAGUGGAGGAGUUGCUGCUUCGGGAAGGAGAGUUGAUGUCUUGGCGCUCUAUCCGGAGCUUGUGCCGGUUUACCACGGCGGCCCGCUAUGACCGGAGCUUACGGGCGACAUGCUGCCUUUGGACCGGUUCGAGAAGCGGAUCGCCCAAAGUGAAGGCUGAGCGUGCGCCGAAGCCGCUGCCGCCACGGCGCCAGCAGCCGCCAAAGGCAUGCAAAAGAAUGCGAGAGGAGCUGCCCAAGUCACCUCAGCCCAAAGUCAAGGCUGAGCGUGUCUUGCCACCGCGGCGCCAACAGCCGCCCCGUGCCUGCAAGGCAGUGCGCGAGGAGCCUUCAGCGCCGCCAAAGCGUGCGGCGCCAAAGCGUGCGGCGCCUACGCCCACUGCGCCCACCGAGCGGGCAACGAAGCAGCGUGUGGCACCGCCUGCAACAAGUGCUGUGCCCGUCGCACCUUCGCCACCCAAGCGUCCCCAUGCCCGGGCCGCUGCCCGGGCCCCUGCCCCGGCGUUGCCAGCCCCGUUCCAGACGACUCCGGUGACACCGCCAAGCCUUCCAAAACGGAAGGCGGAUGCUCUGACACCGGAGCCGGUCUGCCACACCCCCGUGCUGGGGCUGUUGGGAAGCCAGUCUCUCCUGAAGCGGCGCCGGGUGCAGUGA